AUAAAGGUAAGGGAAAAAAGGUAGAGGCGGCCCUCGACUAUUUCUACCCUGAAGGAUCAACAGGCCCGCCGCAUGCCGUGUUGGCUGCCUGCAUGGGCAAUAGCUGUCAAGUGCCUCAAACUCGCGACGCCGACAUGGUUGCAACGAGUAAUCCCCGUGCAUGGCAGACGAACCGUGGAGUUCGGUGGAGAGACAGUAGCGAAAAUGGGCGCAAGCCGGCGAGCGUUGACGCCCGUUUUCGUUGUCGAGAUGGCCCAACUGCGUCGGUUUGAGCAAGUUUUGUAUGGGCUGCCAGCUGCUCGACCCUGGCUGCUGAAAGAACCCUUGUGCCAGAGCAUCCUAGCGGUCGAUCCACUGCGAAGAAUACCUGAUUGGCCUGGGGCCCUGUGUAUCUUGGGUUUUGGAAACUAAUGGACCAGUCGCUCAUGGGCAGUUCACACGGGUGAGGCUGGGGUGCGGUCUAGGUGAAGCUUGGCAGAAGAACUUGGUCGUCACGACCCGAUAAGGUAGAUCGAGAUGACAGUUUCCGCGAAUUU